CUCCCUUCAAGGACCUCCCUGUCCCAUAGGAGUUUUCAGACAGCUUCAAUGGAAGGAGGGAGCCAAGAAGGAGGUCUGGUAUAAGUUCCAAGAUGAUAAUUACAACAUGGAUUGUGUACAUUUUCUCCCGGAAAGGUGUAGGGCUCCCCUUCCCACCAAUAACCAGUUCGGACAUUGACGUUGUGGAAAGCGAGGCUGUAUCUGUAGUACAGCACUGGUUGAAAAAAACAGAAGAAGAGGCUUCCCUGGGCAUAAAACAGAAGAUGUCCAGCAACUGCACUUCUCAGGACACAAAGGAGAAGAUGUCCACCAACAACCCUCCUACUCAUGGCCAAGACAUACAUGUGACCAGAGAUGUGGUGAAGCACCAUCUUUCAAAAUCUGAUGUGCUGGCAAACCAGAGUCAGGAGGUCCUGGAGGAGAGGACAAGAAUUCAGUUUAUAAGAUGGAGCCAUACCCGCAUCUUCCAAGUGCCGAGUGAGGUGGCAGAGGACACCAUGCAAGAACGGAUAGAGCAGGUGAGACGAAGCAUAUCGCAUCUCACACAGGACCUGGCUCAGAAUCCCAGCUUGAGAGCUUCCUACUCGGACUGCUAA